GUCCGUCUCUCUCCCUCUCUGAAAAGCUGUCCUGUAUCCCUUUGUAUAACGCGCGGGUGCCAGUGCGAACCACUUGGACGUACAACCGACCCGUAAAAAGUUCCGAAGGCUCAAGCGGAGAUUGAAAUAGCAUCACUCCGACUAGGCCCUGCAACGAAAGCUUACACACUCGGUGUCGUCUGCUGCCGUCUGCUUCUCGUCUGCUACACGCUCCCGGCCCCGUCGUCCUGCUCUCAUCGUCGUCUGCGGCAACGUUCCGCGCCGCUCGUCGGGCCAUGAAGAUGGCCAACGAGUGCGGCGCAUCGACGCAGCCGGCGGCAGCGCCGGCCGGUCAGGCGGCUACAACCCUGGCCGGAGGUGGGAAUAGCUCGACCAAGAACAAUAACAACAACAAGGACGGUGGCGGUGUGGCAGGAGUGGACACCAUGCCGGGGGGGAUGCCGUUCGACACCGCCAAGGCCAAGAUAUACGAGACCAAGCGGCACAAGAAGAUCGUGCGCCUCAUGACGGUCAUGGCGUACGUUCUCUCUGUCUCGCUCGCGGCGAUCGUGCUGUCGAUGUACUACGUGUUUCUAUGGGAUCCCAACAUGCGUUCGGAGCUCCCGCAGUCGUCGUCGGACCGCGAAACGGGCCGCAUGACGGCGUUUGCGCCAUCAUCGUCUGCUACGAACGAGACGGACUGUUCGCAGCUAUCGUCUGCUCCGCAGAAGGCGGCGAGAGUUCCUACGGCCACCACUACGGCGUCGAAGAUCAACGACGAGCCUACCGUUGUCGACGCGACAGUAGGGUAUGACGUCGCUGCUGGGGAUGCGUCCCCUUCGGAGAUUUCGUUCGGCGAGCUUCCGCUCUCAGAGAACGCGACGGACACCACGUCGUCGUGGGUCGAAGAAGCCGACGGUACUGCCACGUCGUUUGCGCCGACUUCUUCCGCGGACGCCGUGGAUGCGGAAGAAAAGUCCACUGCUUCCGUCGCGAGAUGAGGGAACAAGACAACAACGUCUGCCCCGCGAACUCCUGCCACGCGGGACAUCAUUGGAGCAUGUGAACCAGUGACGUCACAAGAGGGUGGACACGCGAGGAACGAUCGACAAGGCUGAUCUCGUCCCCUUUUGUGUGUGCUGUUUCUGUUCCCUAUUUUUUUCUUCUCUCGUUCACCGUCAUUCUGCUAAAGGCACGGAGGACGGAAACAUUGACUAGCAGGAAGCGUCACGUGACAACCUUGAAGCGCAUGAAGCCAAAAUAGGCAAUGACGCCAACAAACGCAUAGGGAAAGUUAAGUGUUUUUUUUUUUCUUUUCUGAGGUGUAUAAUCAACUGCGGAUUACAGUUAAAUGUGCGAUAACCUUCAUUCUUGAGAGCGUUAAGCCUCUUCAGAGAAGAUCUCUCGGGAGCUGUUUUCUUUUUUAACGCGGUGGCCUUGAUGGCGUGUGCAGUAGGGAUUUGCCAGCGUUGCUGGCACUGAAUUCUUAGGCUGCCAGCAGGUGUACUAGUUGACUGACGUCGUGCUCCUUUCCCAGUUCUUUCCCUCCUCCGUGGCAUAAAGUGCACAUACCGUCUUUAUCGCUAAGAAGUUAUUCCUGCGCAACAAAAACAGCACUAGAUAUUCUGUAGUACGCGUAUACUACGAAGCGAGGUGAUCUUUCGCCUCAAUGUAUAUUUUUGAUCCCUCCCUCCCCGCGUGGUUUAUACGCUUUGUCCACUUUAGAUAUUUUGCCUGUUUCCGCAGUGAACGAGAGGGCGGCCACAAAAAAAAAAAAAUGCUUGCCCACGUUUCAAAGUCCCGCAUUACCUCGUAGACACCUUUCGCAGAUACCACUUCCACGGCACGCUGAUUUAGUGCCAGCGGAACUGUAGGUGUGACGAAAGCAGUGACACGAGCGCCAGCCAUAGGAGUUAUUUUCACGUCGUGUAGCCUUUUUGACAGGCACUGACACAAUUCCGGUCGCUUCAGCGAGGCUUCGUACUCGGAGGUAAUACGCCGCGCAAGAAAGUGAAAGUAGUAUAUUCUUGAAAGUGAGGCUUAUAUCGAGACUGUGCCUGUACUCUUAAAAAUCGCGACUAGAGAGAGAUAUUUAUUACAUAGGAAAAGCUGAGAGGUCGGCCUGAAUCAAUGUUCCGACCUGCUACGCGACUACGUGCUAAGAGUGAUCAGCAUACGAACUUCGCUUAGGGCAGAAGGCUGCCUUUUGGCGUCGAAUGACUUUAAAGGAAGUAUCGGAUAUUAUCCAAUGCGAAGAAAGACGGCGAUCGGCGUCUUUCCGGUACGUGGAUCGGUACACUCCCUGGCCCAAUUGACUGUAAGCCGCGCAACCUUCGCCUCCCGUCGGAAGUCAAGCCUCGUUAUAACGAAAUCGGGCGUUUCAACUCCCUCUUUAUAACGAAGCGACGCUAAUCGUGUUGUAAACCGCUACAUAGCAACAUCUCGAAACAAACAGCUGGUAAAAAUGAUAUGGCCUACGGGAGCAGAACCAGCUGUGUCUACAUAAUUCGUCCAUAUCAUUCAUGCGGCUCUUUGUUCGUAAUUACGAUCGAUUACAAACGACACCGUCCGGCUAUCCUGGCCCCUUUCUCUGCGAAGCCGUGUACAACCCUCAAAAGAAGCAGAUUAAAUUUCAGCACGCCGAGGCAUUCGCUGGUCGCUACACCCGAUUUCGUCAAAGCGAGAUGGCACGUAGCAUUAAUUAGCGAAAUGAAAGCUGUGGAGAUUCGAGUUUGUACACUUGUCUUAUCUUCUGUAUCUUAUCGUUCAAUUUUAUUAUCAGGGGCUUCGAAAAAAAUGCGAAUGACAUGAGGCAGGUUGCGCUACCGGUGCCUUACUGUAAGGACACCAAAAUUAAAUGGUUAAGCCUAUAAAUUGACUUGGUUAUUUAUUCUGCAUAGUACCAAGACACAUAUAGGCACUACCUAAUAAAGUUGUAACGUGAGAAAGAAAAAUGCGCGGCAAUAAAGUACAAUACUACUAGUGUCUCAUUCCUGAAAGCAGUUGGAAGAAUUAUGCGCAUCGUGAAAAGUUAUGAAGCACUAUAGAUUAAAAAAAGAAGAGAAAUGAACGCAAGGAACGGACCGCACUUUCGGCAGCGGCCAUUUUGCCAACGCUAAUAUUUACCCUGCCUGCCCGCUCCCGCGAACUCGGGCGAAAGCCCUUCAACGUACGACGGAUAUAUUUAGCACCCACUCGUGGAAAAAGAAAAACAAAAACAAAUGCAAAGCCGCAACAAACGUUGAAGAAACUGUAAAGGUUCCACGACUUCGCAUUCGUUUACCAACGCGACGUUAAUUACUACGCGAGGGGCCCUCCACGUCACCUUUCAGCAUAGGCGGUAAUGAUGUGACAGCCAUAUUGACGAAUGUCGCGAAGAAUGCUGCGUCGAAUCCUCGCCUGGCCUCUCUCUGUAUAUGAGCAACCUGCACGUUCCGGGUCCGGGCUGCGAGGCGGUUUCCAUUGUAAAACUGGCCCGGCUAUUUGGGAGGCGUUAGGAAACGUGAAUAUCCUGAAUUUGUUUUUUUAGUGACGUUGUGGGAAUGAGUUUGCGAAAUCGAGAAUUGGCCAAGGCAGUUGCCGAUCGACGGCAACUGCCUUGGCCUGAGCGCGGAAGGCGAGUGCGGUUAAGCUCUAAGAAAGAGAGAGAGAGAGAAAUAUAGUAACGACUCAUGUACGAAGAUAUUUAUUUUUAUGCCGGGAGUGUUUUAACGGCAGAUAUUUCGAACCGACUAAAGUGCGAAUACUAAAACAAAUUGUUGUUUCGAAUAUAAGAUCGAAUACUCAGCGCUUAUAAGUAACUAAGGCUGAGCAGUUACAAGUCUGUGCACUCGUAACACGCAUUUUAAGAGAUGACAGGAUGGAAGAUAGAACGAAGCUUCUAAUUUUGGCAACUGGGCAGCUUGCAAAUGAGGAACACAUUAGUGAUAGUCGAUCCCUCGUCGUACGAUCAUAAUGAGGUUGCAGUAAUAUAACAAAAGUUCAUCAACAACAAAACAUCAACAUCAACAAAACAACAUCAACAAAAGCACAUCAUUUGUUCUUGCAUUCUUCUACCUAACCCCUUCUUUAUUUUUUUUCUUUCAUUCAGAAGCUUCCAGAACUUACAUAUGUUCCACGUCGUCUCAUGUCCCUUACUAAUUUUCUCGUAGCAUCAGAUACCGCCGUUUGUUCUUUCUGCGCCAAGCUGCAGGGAAGCAUUGCGGCUUUUGCAGUGGGGUGACACGGUAUAUCAACCAGUGGCAUGCGCGCGUCGUCCUCUGGUGAUUUCGAAUGAUAGACGCCUGUAUAUAUGCAUCAGAAUUUCCAAGCAAGCAUGCGAUACCAUUCCCAUUCCCGAGUCGAUUCAAUCUGUUGAGAAUAAGACUACAUUUUUUGACGCACUCGGCAACUUAGGGAACCACUUAGCACCGAAAUUAAACGGCGAAUGCGCAUACACUCAUCCGUAUUACAGUGAAGCAGUAUAUAACUCGGAUCCAGGGAAUUCUUCGUCUACGUCGACAGAACAGUCGACAGAAAACCAGUCCAUGAAUUGAAGCGAAAAGUGCCUAUAUGUUCAUUGGAAUUACGCAUGCAAUACACAUCCCAGUGUUCGUUUCAAUAUAUGAUUGCUGAUAAGGCACGUUCCAACAAUACGAAGCACGUAGCAUUCGCCGCAUGCGUUUCCCGGUAAAGAUUACGGUGACAUAGCUGCAGUUGCCUAGAAGCGGCAACUGUAGCAUACGAAUAAGGGAGUGGCGUCACUACACUUUAUAUAAAAAAAGAACCUGCCAAGCGAUUGACUUCAUUUGUGCUGCAAUAGCGCUAUGGAAAGGCCACGCAUAGUUAGGACUCCCGAAGAGCCGAGUGAUCACGAUGAGCGGCGACGGGAACAGCAACGCCAACAUGCACAACGGCGUCGUGCAUGCUCAGGCUCGGCAGGACCCAGUGGCUCCAAUCGUUCGAGGCUACGUCACAUUCGUCUGCCGAAUCAGGUGAUACUGCAGCCAACCACCUUCACAGCGUGGAUAGGAGGCAAAUUUUUUUUAAUGCAUCAUCGUUACAACGCUCACGCGAACGAAAAUCCGGCGGCGUCCGUCGGGUACCUCGUGGUGUGAGAGAAAAAGAGAAGUAUGUGACGUCACAAAUAGAGAGUAGGUACGAAUGAGGAAAAGGAGGCGAGAGAGGGCGAUGUGUCGGCACACCUUAGGAGCCAAUAGGAAUACAGGGGGCGACUGACGGCGCACUUUGGAGCUCACGGCUGGCAAGGCGGCCAGGGUAGGGUUAGGAAAUAGCGCUGCGGGCUGCGGACUAGGCGGAUUGCCUGUGGCGUUUGACAGGUUCAGACAUGUGUUUCGAAUGCGCGCGUCUUCGAAUACAGUUUAAAAUGGACGCAGUGCCGUGGGCGAGUGGCUUGCGAAGGGUUAAUGCCAACAGUACAUUUCCGUCAGAUCAACCGAUUGAUCGACCGUAUUAGUCUCCCGUAUAUGGUCGAGGUAAUAACACCGACCUCCUGCCACUGUACCUGUUAUAAAGGCGAGCUGCUUAUAGCGUAGUUAGUGUUCCGGCCACGUAAGGUAUAGUGGAAUGUAGCAAUUAGGUUGGCACUGGCGGAUCACCGUGCGGUAAUAUGGACUUGAAGGUUCGCGCAUUACCUCCCGUGUGUGCACACUCCUCUUGCAAAGUGGACUUAUCGCAUUGCUAUCUCGGUUCGUCUUGUUGCAAGGAAAGCACUUUGUUCGGCCUGCAUGAGAUCAAAACAAGUGUACUCAGUUACGAGAAUUUCACCUUCGCAGUCUGCGUUUUCUGCCUAAGUAGUUUCACAUUGCGGGUGUUUUUGUGUGUACAUGACGAAUGAACAAAACUAAAUUCACCGUUUUUUUUUUCUCGCGAAAUAAACAACUGUUUGCGGAAACCUUUGAACAAUACUGAACCUCAAGAACAGCGAGGGUUACCGCAAUGGUAAGCAGCAUACAACUCCUAUCUCGUAGUGUACAAAGUCAAUUUUUGGGGGCAUGCCGGUCGCGCUUUCGAAACAGAGAAGAUUUAUUUGUAUUUUUUUUAACUUUCACGACGCGGCAAGAGUUUUGUUUUGCGCCACAGUCAAUUCCGGAAGUAUUGACUGUCAUACUGCCAAUGAAUGACAGCCGUGAUUAUUCAGGACAGGUUCUAUAGACACAUAUGCUUCUCUAGCGUACACUUCGUUAAAAGUUCCAAAUACCGCAUUAAGAUAGAGACGCAAAGCACUCACGACGAGUGGUGAUAUUCCAGCUACAAGUUUUGUGAGUGAACAGUCUGCGAUUUUAUAUGUUCUUUCAGGGUAACGGUGGUUGCCUAUCCUGCCGUUGAAGGACAUGUGUGAUACUGUAAUCACGUUACAGCUGCUGUUCCUGUUGUGCAUGUACCAUCUGAUAACUACGAAUAAAGGAGAGAGAAAAAAACAGA